UAAAUUAUUAGGUAUAUACCAAGCUAUAUAAUAUAUAUAUAUAUAUAUAAAGUAUACUAUUUUAUAAAAUUUUCAUUGUAUCAAACUUAAUAUACCAUAUGAUGAUUCGUUUAUUAUUCUUAACUUUAGUCAUAAUUAGAUAUAUGAUUGCAGAUGAUAAUAAGAACGAUCACGGCAAAGAAUUUCGGCUGGAAUAUUUUGAUUCCCGCAAAGAACCUGGUCAGAAUUAUUUUGAUCGCGGUGCAAAACCCUGGGAAGCUCAUUUUGAUCGCGACAGAGAACUUUAUAACGGCGAAGAAAGUGGGCAGGAUUAUUUAUAUCGCGGCAAAGAAUUUGGACAAGAUUAUAAUCCUUUGGACGAUUAUGACGAAGAAGGAGAGGGAAAGAGAUGGGAUAAUUCUCGUGGAUUUGAUUACAAAGACCCAGACGAUGUUGAUGAGGAUAGCAUUUUAGACGACCUCGAUAAUUCAUAUAAUUCUGAUGGAGAGGAAUGGGAAAAUAAUUGGUGGGAUAGAAAAGAAAGAGGUAGCAAUAGGAGGAAAGAUAUCAAAUGCACAUAUGAUACCUACAGGAUAUGUUAUAGGAGAGGAAAAAGAUUUAGGGGUCUACCAGGAUGUCGAAAAUUUGUAGAUUGCUUUAAGCCCUGGAGACCGAUUUUUAAAUGUGGACCUGGUAAAAUUUUUCAUCAAGGAGUUCAGUGUUGCCGAAAAAUAAAUAACAAAUUCAAAUGUCGCUGUUACAUACACAAAAUUUUUACGACUACGACCUUUAGAACUUUAACUAAAAUCACCAUGUCUACCACGCCUACUAAACCUAUCACGCCUACUACGCCUACCACGCCUACUACGCAUACCACACCUACUACGCCUACCACGCCUACCACGCCUACUACGCAUACCACACCUACUACGUCUACAACGCCUACUACGCAUACCACACCUACUACGCCUACUACGCCUACCACUCCUACUUUGCCUACCACCAUAACCACUACAACAAAUACUACAACUACUACUACAACUAUUUCCAAUACUACUAGUUCAUGCAAGUACAAGCAUAAGUGGCAUAAGAAAAUUUGUUAUUAAUUUUUUUUCUCUGUUUUAAAUUUAAAUUAUAACAAACUGUAUUUAUUGAUCGAGGGACGAUUGUUAAUUUUCUCAUUUUUAUUAGAAUCGCAAUAUAUUAUAACACAAAAAUGAAUAAUUAUUUUAUAUUUUUAUAUAUUAUAUAUUUUAUUUUUGAAACUUCUUUAAAAUAAUUGAGAUAUGCAAGUUAAGUCAACACUGUUUUAACAAUUCACAAUGCCUUGUUUUUUAUAUUUUUAGGAAUAUAGUCUUAUUUUUAUUUUUACUCUUUUAAAGGUAUUUUAUUUUAGUAUUGUUCUUGAUUAGUCAUGUGCCCAAUUUCUCAAGCCCUGCCCGAAAUUUAAAUUUAAAAUAUUUAUCCGACCCGUCUCAAUCCCGAACGAAUAUUUUUUUAUUUGUCCCGGAAAGCCCGUCCCAAAAAAUUAUUUUCUCACCCGGUAUGUUUUAAUGAACAUCAAGUUCUUGAUUUUAUCGUCAAAUAUAUUUCCGAAAUUGUAAUCAAAUUUACUCUUAUCUAAAUGAGGAAUACAUAUAUACAUCUCGUUAUUUAGGUGAUCUAAAAAAUUAUAUAAAUAUAUAUAUUUCAUAAUAUUAUUUUAUUUUUAUGCCUAGCUGUAUAAUUUAUAAUUUAAUUUAAAUUUUUAUUCACAAAUUGAAAGAAAUAUAUCGCCUAGUAACAAAUAAUAAAUAUUAGCUCUUUGUUUCUUGUAAAAAA